UGGCGUCACAACGUUCACCGCCGUCCGUCUUAUAUUUACCCCGCUUAGUGGUCUGGGAGUGAAACUCGGCAUAACUGUUUAAAAAAAACGACCCAAACAGCAUCUCGUCCACCUAUUCGUCCCGCACACCAGGAGGACAUGGCGUCGCCGUCGUCUUCCCUGUCCGUGUCGUGCAGAUCCAGGUAUGAUGACUACAAAGAGACAGCCGACUGGCUGCUGGUCCAGACCAAGCAGAGACCCAGAGUAGCCAUCAUUUGUGGAUCAGGCCUGGGUGCUCUGGCUGACUUGCUUGAAGACCAAAUUGUUUUCCCUUAUAAGGAAAUCCCGGGUUUCCCAACUAGCACGGUGGCAGGCCAUGCCGGUCAACUGGUUUUCGGGAAACUGCAGGGCCGGGAGUGUGUCUGCAUGCAGGGUCGAUUCCACUUCUACGAAGGUUACAGCCUGCACACUGUGACGUACCCCGUGCGAGUCUUCUUCCUGCUGGGUGUGGAAACUCUGAUUGUCACGAAUGCAGCAGGUGGACUCAAUGGCAACUACAAAGUGGGGGAUAUUAUGGUCAUUAAGGAUCAUAUCAACUUGCCGGGGUUUGGUGGAGAGAGCCCACUGGUUGGACGCAAUGAUGACAGGUUCGGAGUGCGCUUCCCUUGCAUGUCAGAUGCCUAUGACCGGAACCUGAGGGCUUUGGCCAUCGAGACAGCACAUGAACAGAAAUGCGGCAACUUCCUGCAGGAAGGGGUUUACUGUAUGGUGGCUGGACCAAAUUAUGAGACCAUCGCAGAAUGCAACGUCCUACGUAAAUUUGGAGCGGAUGCUGUUGGUAUGAGCACAGUCCCAGAGGUAACGGUGGCACGUCAUUGUGGCUUGCGUGUCUUGGGUCUCUCGCUGAUCACCAACAUGGCCGUGACAGAUUAUGACAGUAAUGAGCAAGCAAACCAUGAGCAGGUGCUCAUGACCACCAGCCUUCGAGCACAAGAACUCCAGAGGCUUGUCAGACAUCUUGUCAAGAAGCUCUAGCACAGGCAUGUCCAGCUGCGGGCCUGGAGGGCCACUGUCCUGCCUGUUUUCCAUCUCUCCCAGCUGCAACACACUUGAUUCAGAUGAGCUGCUCCUCAGCCAGCUCUGAAGCAGCCUUAGAACGAUCCUGAUGAUUUGAAUCAGGUGCGUUGCUCCUUGGAGAGCUGGAAAACAGGCAGGAUAGCGGCCCUUGAGGACCGACUUUGGACACCCAUGCUCUAGCACCUUCAGUUCCAAUCUGCUGGAAACAAAAAGGGUAUCCGUCCUUCAAUGAUAGGGGUUGAGAUAAGCAUAGACAUCCGAGUUGUUCAAUUAGAGGGGAAAUCAUCCAUCUUGAUUCAGGCAGUGAUAAUCCAGGACAUAGAAUAAGGAGAGCAUACCGUAUAACAACGCAAUAUUUGGGUGGCAGCUCGUCAAUCGUGUGUGCAAGGGCGCUGCACUAGCACCCAGCUGAGUCACAUUGAAAGGAACAAAAAUAAAAUAAUGACAUUUAAAAGGAAGAAUUCUGAAAGAAAUACCUUAAAA